CACUCCCCCGUUUAGGGGAGGAUGGGGGGCUCCCCGAGCGUCCAGAUCCCGGGCGGAGGAAGCGAGGGCUACCACGUCCUGAAGGUGCAGGAGAAUUCCCCCGGUCACCAGGCAGGAUUGGAGCCAUUCUUUGAUUUUAUCAUCUCGGUUUGUGACACCAGACUGAACAGGGAUAACGACACGCUUAAGGAGCUGCUGAGGAUCAACGUGGAGAGGCCCGUGAAGAUGCUGCUGUACAGCAGCAAGACGCUCUCUGUGAGGGAGACCGCCGUCACGCCCAGCAACACGUGGGGCGGCCGCGGCCUUCUCGGUGUCAGCAUUCGAUUCUGCAGCUUCCAGGGAGCCAAUGAGAACGUUUGGCAUGUUUUGGAGGUUGAGCCGAACUCUCCUGCAUCUUCGGCUGGUUUGAGAGCUUACGUGGACUACAUCAUAGGAGCAGAUGCUGACAUGAGCGAGGGCGAAGAUCUAUUCUCCCUCAUUGAAGCGCAUGAAGGGAGGGAGCUGAAAAUGUACGUUUACAGCACAGACGCAGACAACUGUCGCGAAGUGAUCAUCACUCCCAACUCUGAGUGGGGUGGGAAGGGCAGUCUUGGAUGUGGGAUUGGUUUCGGUUACCUGCACAGGAUACCCACACUGCCUUGCAAAGAAGGCAAGACAAGCUUCCCUGCACAAACUCCUGAUGUGGCUCCAGCCUCCAUUGAUGGCCUCUCAGAGGUUCCUCUGUCUGCUGUCACUCCAACCGUUCCAGUUGUGUCGGCUUCAGCUGGAUUAGAGCUUUCUCUUGCAACUUUAUCUGUUAGCUCGAAUCAGGACACUGAGCGGGGAAAUCUACCAACAGGCUUGAUGCCUCAUUCUGGAGGUUGUGCAUCCUUCUAUCAUCCGCCAAAUGUGAGGCCUGUACUUUCACCCGGAACAGGAAUGCAACAUUCAGGUCUCCUGCCUCCUCCCAGCAUGGCAGGUGCAGUCUGCAGUGAAGGUCUGCUUCCCUCUGACUUUGUGUGUGCGGUUCCUGCCAACACAGAAUCAGUGGCGACGCUCACUUCCACCUCUGCCCACAUGAACAGUUCACUGACCCAAACCCAUAACCCACUGAUGUCUGCAUCUGGAUCAAUUAGCAUCACCGUGGACUCCUCUUAGCACAGACCGACCGCCGCCGCCGCCUGGCUCUCACGCCCUCAUCCAGCGGAUGCAGUCUCGGCUCUGCUCAGCUGCCAUCCUGGAGGCUGUCGGAAUGAAAUUGCUCAACAACUCAAAGCAGUUUUUAAAAACGUCAGCGGUCUAAUGUACCAAAGCCAAAAAAUAUAUAUUUGCACAACUCCUAAAGCAGGUGUGCGAGUCAGCAGCAUUUCAUCUUUAGGGUCAAACUGUUCAAAGUUCUUCUGAGAAAAGCAAAGCUUUUACUUGAACUUGGUCACUGCACUAAAACUUCUGAAGUAAUUUAGUUUCUACAGAAAAAAUGUAAAGUGCAAUAAUGAUUACAUGAACAUGUUCUCAAUGUCUUUUGUUUUUGGUUUACAUUUGUGGUCAUUUUGCAGUAAUGCAGCAAACCAGCAGGGGUCACUACAACCCAAGAAUAUUUUAGGUAUAGAGGGCACUCUCCUUGAAUAAUCAGUUUUUUAUGGAAUUUCCAGGAUGUGCACCUAAAAUGGGAGCAAUGAAGGUCCUAAAAUUCAACCCAUAAUUGUACCAACUGUAUGAAUUGAUUAUAAAAGUAGAAAAUGGCAGAGAUUAUCAUCUGCAAACAUGCUUAUGUAAGAAACGUAUAGAAAACAUCUCAAAUUUGGGUUACUUUGCUGCAUUUGGAGUCUUUUUUUGUCGAAUAUUUAAUGCAACUUGAACUUGCAACAGCAGUUUAUUACAUGUGGUGAUUAGAACAGCCACAUUACACAGUUCUCAUAAAGAAUUAAAGUAAGAACAAUGAAUUUGCUUGGUUUUUCCAGCUAAAAUUGACUCAAUUCUUGCACAAUAGUAAAUUACUACUUUUGGUGCAGUUGGAACAGAACUUCCAUGCUGCGUUUGAGGGACUGAAAUCUUCAGGAUAACCUGUUUGUGUGUCAGAAUCACAUGAGCAGAGAUUUCUACUUCAACUCAUUAAUAUGAAUGCUUGCAGUUUCAAACUAAAUCGUGGGGGGGCGUUUCCUGGCAUUUUUAAUCUCUUAUAAAUGAACAAUUCCAUCCUCCUCUUCAUUCUCUCCAACCCCCAAAAUAAAACGAGCUCCACAAUGAAACCACUCCAAAACUGUGUUGGGAAACAUUUAAAUCUUUGAACACAUCAAUGCUGCAGCUCAGAAUCCGAAAAUUCCUCUAUACAGCAUGUGCACUUUCCAAUUGAUCAAUUAUUAUUCCUGCAUAGGGUUUUAUACAUCACUUUUUUUCCUACAUUUGGUUACUUUGUGCAUUUAGUAUGCUGCUCCACCCUACCUGUAUGCUACACAUUACAUUUGCCAUGGCUAAAGUAACUCAAAUUUAAUCCUAAGAUUUGUGGGGAAAACAAAAGUUACCCAAAUCAAGGGGGAGGGAAAAA